UUUGGGUAUUCUCCCUCAUAGACAAACAUCUCUCCAAAUUUCGUUUCAACCUUCAAGUUGUGAACAAGAAGAGCCGCUUUAUGAGAGUCCACUGCUUUAUAAUCUCAUGUUCAAUCAUGGCCAAGGCAGAAGAAAAUCAUUUCUACUCAGAAAGACUUCUUACUUUGAAUCCCAGAUCUACUGAUGAGUAUGUCAAAACCAUUUAUGAUGAUUGGGCAGAGACUUAUGACAAGGUCACAGGAGAAGCAGGAUAUAUAGCCUACAAGACUUGCCCCCCUAUCUUCGACCAAUUCGUGCGUGAAAAUCUUUGCAACGACCCAUCAAAGCUUCGAAUUCUCGAUGCUGGUGCUGGCACAGGGAUUGUGGGUAAGGUCCUUCAGAGUCUGGGAUACACGAAUAUCGACGCCUUGGACAUCUCGCAGAAGAUGCUGGACGAAGCAAAGAAGUUGAACAUCUAUAAAGAGUUCAUCUGUGCUCCACUGAGCGCCGAACCAAUAGCGGAAAUAGCAACGAACCAAUACGAUGCACUAAUCUGUGUUGGUACACUUACUGUCGGUCAUGUGAAACCCGUUGCUCUGGACGAGAUUCUGCGCAUUGUCAAACCAGGUGGUAUUAUUGGAUUUACUCUUCGAAGAGAUAUUUACGAAGAAACCGGCCCCGAAAAGUGCGGUUAUCUUGAAAAAAUGAGUGAGAUGGAGACAAGCCAGAAAUGGAAACUCCUUAAAUGCGAGUUGAUAGAUUAUCAUCUGAACGUGGAUGAACUGCGAGCUAAAUGUUACUCUAUAAUGUAUCAAGUUUUAUGAGAAAAGUAACGAUGAGUUAUGACAGAUAAUUACGGGCAAAUGGUCAUUGUUUCGUGAUUCAGGAAACGACAUCGGGAACCUAAAGCAGUCAGGAUGAAAACGCCGCGGAAGACGUCGAUAAAAAAACGAAUUUAUCAGAAAUAUUUAUCAGAAGUAUUUUAGUCAGAAUUUUGCAAAUGAUUUGACAUGUUUAGCAUCUCUUACGGUGCCACACCUCAACGUGAGCACAGAGAUUGCGGGCAACGUUGAGUUCGAAAUUGAUACGCAAAUAAUUGCCGUCGGGGUUCCCGUUCUCAGACCACGCAAAUUUUAGUGAUUUUAGUGAUUUUUAGUAAGUUUUUUCCCUUCCACGUCGCUGUCGCUGUUGAGGUUUGCUUAAGGUCCCUCCUGUGAAUGUCACUGGGAAAGAAAUGACUAAGCAUAUUAAUAAAAAAUGAUUCUGGGAA